CGGGGGGUGGGGGUGCCAGGCAGGAUCACGUGAUUUAGCGUCAGCCGACUAAGAUGAGGGGACUUCUCUUUCGUUGUUACUUUUCCUCUUCGUAAGGUCGCCAAGACUGCUAGGAAAACUUGCCUUUGCCACGAUGAAGCGGUAAAACAAGCGACGCGGGGAAAAUGCCGGGCGCGGAGUACGGGGAGCUCGGGGGAAGCCUGCCCGCCAUCGCCUCGCUCAACGCGUCGUACUCCACCACGUUAUCGCUGCCGUCCCCGUACCUGCCGCCGCCGCUCGCCCGGCGCAAACGAAUCUCGGACGUGCGCCGCACCUUCUGCCUUUUCGUCACCUUUGACCUGCUCUUCAUAUCGCUGCUGUGGAUCAUCGAGCUCAAUAUCUCCAGCUCCAUCUGGGACAGUUUGGAAAAGGAAGUCGUCCGCUACCAUUUUAAGUCAUCCUUCUUUGACAUCUUUCUCCUGGCGCUUUUCCGUUUUCUGUGCCUGCAAUUGGGCUACGCCGCCUUUCGGCUAAGGCACUGGUGGGUGAUCGCGGUCACCACCCUCGUGACCAGCGUUUUCCUCGUGGUGAAGGUCAUCAUUUCUAAUCUUCUCUCUCAGAAUGCAUUUGGCUAUGUGUUGCCCAUCACUUCCUUUGUGGUGGCCUGGCUGGAGACGUGGUUCCUGGACUUUAAGGUGCUCACGCAGGAGGCGGACGACGAGCGAGCUUACCUGGCGGCGGUGAACGCGGCCUGCGAGCGCGCCCCCUCCACGUAUCCUCGCGCCGUGUCCGACGGACAAUUCUAUUCGCCGCCCGAAUCCGUCGCAGGUUCCGAGGAAGACCUCGACGAGGAGGGCCUCGGCCGGCGCGCCGUCACCGCUCAGGAGAAGGAGCUGGUGCGACAAGGACGCGAGGCCAUGACCGUCGUGGAGCAGAUUCUCGCCCAGGAAGAGAACUGGAAAUUUGAAAAGAACAACGACGCGGGUGACUCAGUCUACACCCUGGAGAUUCCCUUCCACGGCAAGACAUUCAUCCUCAAGGCCUUGGUGCAGUGUCCUGCAGAGCUAGUGUACCAGGAGGUCAUCUUGCAGCCCGAGAAGAUGGUGCUGUGGAACAGAACCGUCUCCGCCUGCCAGAUCUUGCAGCGAGUGGACGACAACACGCUGGUGACGUACGACGUCUCGGCCGGGGCGGCCGGGGGAGUGGUGUCCCCACGGGACUUUGUCAAUGUCCGGCGGGUGGAGCGCAAACGAGACCGCUACCUGUCCGCCGGCAUGGCCGCCCAUCACGACGCCCAGGCGCCCGGCGGACGUUACGUCAGGGGAGAAAACGGCCCGGGCGGAUUUGUGGUCCUCAAAUCCAGCGGCAACCCAUCCGUCUGCACCUUCAUCUGGAUCCUCAACACAGACCUAAAGGGUCGACUACCGCGCUACCUCAUCCACCAGAGUCUGGCCGCCACCAUGUUUGAGUUCAUGUCCCACCUGCGACAGCGCGUUGCCGAGCUGCGGCCCGUGGCGCUCGCCCACCGCCAACGCCACGCGCGCUAGGACCCGGACGCACGUGAGGGCGCCGUUCCUCCCCUUGACUGAACGCUUACUUAUUAUCUUCCUGUUCUAAAUUGACCCUACUUGGUGACACGAGAAUCCGCUCAAAUGGAGGAUGGGUGGGGGAUUUUGGAAAGAAUCCAAACUGGAACUUUACAGGAUAGUGAGAGUCAUUUCAACCAUUGGCUCUGUCAUUGACAGCGAUUUUCUCAUACGUUUGGAAAACAUUUUUUCCCCACACUCGGCUGUCCGCCAAUCCUUAUUUGUGAUCAAAUAGCGGGACGUCACCGCGCUAUCCCGGAGGCUGAGAAUUCAGGGAAAAGUCGAUUGUUAAAGUCCCGAAGGGGCGCACUCACAGGAACGAAAAGACGGAGUCGUCAUUGGAAUAUUCCAAUCUAUUCAAUUCAAUGUUAUUUGUAUAGCCCUGGAUCACAACAACGUUGUCUCAAAGGGCUUUGCAGAGGCAAUAUGAUACACACUCAGAAACAGCAAAUGAAGCAAAAGAAAACGGGUCUUUUUUUUUUUUCUCCCCUUUGUUGUCGUCCUCAAUGAUUGUUAAGACUUUUGAAACCGUAAACCUCCAUCAAAACCCGUACUAGAGAAAAAAAAACUGGAUUCAAACGCUUACUCGUCGUCUUUCAUCGAGGGCAAUAGUGGUACCAUCUGGAGGGACGGGAGGGGAUCGGCCGGCGUGGGUCCAAACGGAUCGGACAUCUGUCGCCGACAACUGCGCGGAAACAUCAUUUACUAUUCGCCCUCCCGCUUAAAAAGAAUUGGACCGAGGUCACCGGCGGUCAACGAGUUCACUAUUGUUUUUAAAAAAAUUUUUUUAUGAGCAUUUACGUGAACGACGAGGAAGCUCGAGCGAGUACAAACACUUAAACGACGGUCUUUUUAGAACUGUUUUGUUUGCUUUUAAAAGCGGAAGCCACGGAAACGUUAUGCUAGCGUCUUAAAAAAAGGAACGCAGAACGUGACCACGAUGCUUCCCAAAGAAUUGUUCUUUGCUCGCGUUGAGCGGCGGCCGCGAGUGUCGGGGGGGGACGGAAACGUGGAUAAUGCACUGUUUUUAUGUGCCUUCAAUGCAAUCUCUGCUUUGUGUCUUAAUGAACACGCACUGUUUUAACACAGACAUAAAGACAAAAAGAUACACUUGUGUCUCCUCUUUAUUGUUGUUGCCACGUCGUCAAAAGAUGCCAUGAACAAAGCAGUAACGAGUUGCCCUAGUUUAGCACGUGACCUAAAGGUUCAUAAGUAAAACGGCCACGUCGACAUAUUCAUUCACCUAUAUAAGUGCACACUGGCUCACGAUUUUCCAGUUAAUUGUGGGCCAUUUUUGGGUCACUUCCUAGUGAACUCAUUGGCUGCUAAUGACUGCACUAGAUGUCCAAUUCAUUGGGACUGGGAGGGAGGGGCGUAUGAAAGUUCAUUCGUCGGCCCCUCCCGGUCCAAAUGGACUGAAUGUCUGGCACCAUCAGUGGCAACCAAUGAGUGCCCUCUAUAGACUAAAAUUUUCAUGCGAUUUUGUUUUUUGACGGUUUUUGCAAGACUUGUUUUAACUUCAAACAUAGACGUGUAUAAUGUUUUGCUUGCCUAAAGCAUAUAUGCUUAUAGCCAAUGAGUGUGUUUUGUCCCUUGACUGACACCGUAGUUUUCCUUUAAUGCACAAUGGGGUGUAAAGCAGAGAGAAAGGACAGUGGACACAGGCGUUCAGAUUCGUAGCUCGGGCCGCCCCGUUUGUUAGCAUAAGCUUCAGCGACUCCUUCACAACAAACAUCGGUAUCAUAAAGUGAAAAUACAACAAAAAUCCAUCUCUCUUAAAAAAUAGUGUCACAAAAAGAAAAGUUCUUGAAUCUGUAUUAAUGAGGCCCUACUCUAACACAGUUCAACAACAAUGCAAAGAGAACACAAAUUCACAUAUGCAUAAUAGACAGAAAAUUGACUCAGUUUGGUCAAAUUCUUUUGAAUUAUUUUAGCAACUCGUUUAGCUCAACAAAUACACUGGAUGGCAAUAUAUAGUCACAAUAUACAAACUAUGAUGCUGGGAGCCAUUAUCAGAAGUCUUGUUUGUUGUGACUGACUACUACGGCGUCAGUCGAGGGACAAAACGCAGUCAUUGUCUUGAGCUCUUAUUCAUUAAACACUCGCCAAUGACACAGCAAUGGUGAGCUACUAAUUUCGUUUUGAAAAAAUGUUAUUAAAACGAAAACAUUAGGAGUGGUUUUGAUAUCAAAUUAUUGUUACUCGUACUAACAUAUUUUAAGAACUACAUGUCUUUCUGUCCAAGGUACCCUUUAAGGUAAAAAAAUGAAAACUGUAGCUUUGGGGUCGACCUCUUAAAGUCCUAACUAUAACUACUCAUUUGGAAAAAUGAUUACUGUGCUAAAGUGCGGUGCAGCUUUCCUCGCUCUGCCUACUUGCAACUCCUUCCAACUCUGCGGGCCAUUGCAUCGCUGUAAGCUAGCUAGACUAGCACCGGACAAGCUAAUAGCAAGCAUGAUGGAUGGCGCCGGCCUUAGCGAGCACACGUCAGCCUAAAAAGCACCAACAAGUUCAAGUACCAUAGCCUAGCCUUGCAACAUUACUUGCUAUUUAAAGAUGUUUUGGUUAUUUUAUCAAACCAUUUUGAAAUAUUCCUUCCAUUGGUUUAUGUAUUUUGUAAAACACGCUUUCAAAUUUUCCAAAUGGCGGGGCUUUUGUUUCAUCUUUUUAUUUGAAUGGAAUGUAAACCCCACAACAAAAUGCUCUCUUUUAGGCUUUAUUAUGAGUGACACACAAAUACAUAAUAAACAGUUGGAUACAUAUAAAGACGUCUUUUUUUUUUUUUAACCCAAAAAGCUGAAAUAUUUACGAGAACACUUUGAAAACGUACAAAAUGCCGCCGUGAUUUUUAAAGGGCGGGGCAUUUCCGUCGAUCGUCAUCCCGGCCGACUUUGAGCCUCUCGCAGCUGCUGCCGCAGAGCGGCCGACUGUCGCCUGGCGCUCCGGAGCUGGCUUUCCUUCACGCGCAGCAACAACUAGAAUCACAA